UGUAUGUUUGAGCCAUCGGAGGUGGAGAACAUACCGCCGAUCAUCAAAGCCGGCAACUGUGAUGAACUCGAGUACCUCCUCAGAACUACCAGCCUGGAUCCCGCCUUCCUGAGUGAUCCGGGGAUCCCGUUGCUUUCGCUGGCGGUGGUGCAUCUGCAACUUGGAUGCGUGAAAUUGUUGCUGCAAUAUAACGCGGACCCGAAUCAGACGGGGUCAUGGCGCGAGGCGUAUCCGCUGGAUUAUGUCUUGCCUGAUCAAUGUCGGGGUUCGUAUGCCACGCAAUGCGCGAUCAUGGAAGUGUUGGUUCGGGCCGGAGGGAGGUUCACGUACGCGAGCGCGCUGGAUGUUAUUUGUCUGGAGAAUAGGCUCGAUUUGCUACAGCUGGCGGUGCAGAAUCGGACGGAUCUCCGCGGGUUGAGGUUUGCGGAUGGCGCCACGGUGUUGCAGCGUGCGGCGCUGAAGGUCAGCGGGAGGUCGGAGAUCAUUGACUAUAUUCUCGAACAGGCGCCCGAGCUGCUCAAUGUGACGGAUACCUUGGGCCACACGGCGCUGCACUAUGCGCUGCAGAACCCUAACCGGGACGUGGUGAAGCAUCUGCUUCGAUUUCCGAUUGAUUUGUCGGUGGUGGAUGUCUUUCAGGAAUCCGCGCUCUCGGUGGCCAUCUCGUCGAACCGGGUGGAGGCGGUUGAUCGUAUGUUGGGUCGGAAGGACUUGGAUAUGUUGCACCUGCACCAGGGGAUCCCGUUUGAUAAAGCCCCGCUGGGUCGGGCGAUAGCCACCCGCAACGAGGGACUUCUGGACUUGCUACUC